UGCGGCCCCUGCCUGCCCCCCUUCCAGGAGGACGACCGCGGGCGAUGCGUCCCGAAGCAGCUCUCACCCAGCGCCACUCUGGUCCCUGCCAGCAGCAGACAGCACGUGGCCAGUGGGCUGAAAGAAGGGCUUCUGCAGCGGGGUCACGCCAGCGGCAAGGCAGCUGCCACCCUCCCCACCUUCACCACUGCCACAGUCCAGAAAUACCCAGUGGAGGCAUCCCCCAUCCCUUCAAAUGAUGGCAUGGUGCUCGGGCUGAUCGUGGUGUGCACGGUGGCUGGGAUCUCAGCGCUGAUCGUGGCUGCGGUGUGCUGGUGCAGGCUGCAGAAGGAGGUCAGGCUGGCGCAGAAAGCAGACUACUCAGCACAGAGAGUGGCCAGUCCCCUACCCUACGACAAGAUCUCGCCCGGGGACAAGACGCUGGCUCAGAGUGCCCAGAUGUACCACUACCAGCACCAAAAGCAGCAGAUGCUCUCCAUGGAGAAGCAUAAAGAGGAGCCCAAGCUGCCGGACUCGGCAUCGUCGGAUGAGGAGAACGAGGAUGGAGACUUCACUGUGUAUGAGUGCCCCGGGCUGGCUCCG